AUGAGUCGGGUAGGACAACACCAAGAAGGUGGUGAAAUUUGCAUCAGCGACUCACCGUAUGAGCUAUCAAACAGACGCAUUUCAGUUGAGCAAGGAUUUCGAGGCUCUGUCUCUAGCGACGCUGCACGAGGCGCCUCUGUCUCAAGUCUGGACCAAUAUGCACGAUCCGUAUCGUCACCCCAUAAGUCAACGACUGCGUCCGCAUUGGGAGAUAAGAGCCCUGGGCACAUCACGGCAGCCUAUUGGGGGUCUCGUGAGGCCGCAUACUGUGCAGCAGCAGCGAGCCACGCUAAAAAUGAAGACGCUCUCCGAAUGAGCACACUCACGCUAGAGCCGCAGACUGGUGUUCCUGCGGCAAACACGGCCAUUUCUGCUAGAGACGGCACACCACGACUCUCAUCCUCAGCAGCAUUGAGUGGCGGCCCGGAGAGGCAGCAGGACCACAGUUUUACGCCUCCUUCAUCAGCUGGACCGUCUACGUACUUGGCCCCAACCUCGCAACAAACCCCUCCUAGGCCAUCUCGUCGUCAUGAACAAGCCAUAGGUCAGAUGACAAGGCACGGAGCAGCCGUAAGAAGUUCUGCCCUCCCUACUCUGGCAGAUCCGGCAGCGGCAAAAGGUGGAGUACAUAAGCGUGUGCAAGCGGAAACAACCAAACCAGCUGGAUCUGGAUCGAUAGCACCGGAUCCAGCUGAUUUCACACUGCACACGGCAAAAGCAAGCCCUACUAGUGAACUCACGGGCGCCAUACCCCUAGAUCCUCAGGCUGUCUCGCACAAGGCACUGAUUUCCAAGGUGCCGGGCAGUACCGGUAAGGCUGCUCAGAGGUCUACAAAGGUCUUGGAGCUGAUUACGACCAAUCUCGACGGCUCCGGAAGUCCACUCGCUGAAAAAGGUUCGGUGGAACGAGCCGGUAAGCUCAAAAUCUUGUCUAGCAACCGCAUGAAUGUGCACGACUUUUGUGUAUCAAAGAGAAAUCUUCCACACCUACGCUCUCUAGCUUCUAGCAAUCGACAAUCUGGCAAUGACGAUACGCAUACAAGUGAGAAAGGCGCAAGCACUACGCAAUACAACACGGAGCUUUCCGAGUCGAGCGUACGAUAUGGUGCGUAUGGAGGGCAGCGAGAACUGAGUAGGAAGAUGAUGGUCGCUUGUGACUCUGACACCCUGGCUGUGGAUUCGUACACAUUGCACCCUCCUACAUCUUUCUGGCCCCAGCUGAUCAAUACGGCUUUAGAAGUUGGAGUUUACAUGGAAGCGUGGUCAGAGCAGGUCGAUGUGAUGAAGCUUACGGCGGCUCCACGAUUGAUCCAGCUGGAAGAAUGCGUUGCAGACUUCAACAGAAUCGGCCAACUCCUAGAUGCCAGGUACGGGCGUGCCGGUGGCGACGGUGUCUUCGAGGAGUAUAACGUCGAGCUCUACGUCACUGUGCCGUGUACAAUGACGGAUUCCGAUCGAGCUCGGGUGAGGAACAACAUCCGGAAAUCAUCCUUCCGGAGCAGUGUGACUAUUCUUGCUCGAGUCGAGGCGGUUGCAGCACCACGUCUGCACUGGGCUUUCCAGAACGACUUCAUACACAAAGGCGAUACAGUACUCGUGCUUUCCUGCACGGUCAGCAGCAAUAACCUUGGGGCCUACGACAUCUCGAACCCCAAAUUCAGCUACAAGGAGCACGCACCGCCGCAAGAUAUUUCGGGAGGGUGGCCAAAAGUCGAACAAGACUUCCGCGAGUGGCUGUCUUGGGCGUUUGGAGCCAGCCUUGAUUCCGUCGACCCUCUCCUGCUUGGAACGCAUAGCGAAUUCAUGAGGGAAUUCAGAUCGCUCUACUUCCUUGGGGACAUCAAGGCUGAUCCCAAAUAUGUGCAUUGUUUGCCGCUUGAUAUCCCGCACGACGACAUCAACCGUGGUUAUUACGACAUUCGGAGCGACUGUGUGCUCGUCAGCAAGUGGGUCUCUUCAUCGUGA